GACAGAAUCCUACUACAUGCAUACAUAAAAGAAAAACGUUUCUCCUUGGAACCAUAUCUGUUGUUCUAAGUUCCAAGAAAGAAAAAUAAACACAAAUGGAAGCACACAACGUAGAGCCUUUGACAACCCCUGAAAUGAAAAACCGGGGAAAUAUAGAGUUACUCGACAGAGCUUUGCAGCAAGGCGACGCAUCGACGGUGGCCAAAUUGGUGGCCAGUGACGUGGAAUGGUGGUUCCAUGGACCGCACAAUUGUCAACACAUGAUGAGACUACUAACAGGGGAACCACCGAGCCAGGUUUCUUUCAAGUUCGAGCCAAGCAGUGUACAAGUAGUGGUGCCUGGUCAUGGCUGCGUCAUAGCAGAAGGAUGGGAGGGUUCACAAGUGUACUGGGUCCACGUUUGGAAGUUGAAAGACGGAGUGGUCACUGAGCUAAGGGAGUAUUUCAACACAUGGAUCACUGUCACGGAUUACAGUCGUGGGGCAAUAGGUUGGGACAUGGGGCGUUGCACGGUUUGGGAGAGCGUACCGAGGGAUCUAGCUCGUGGUUCGUUACCUAGCUUGCUGUUGGCUAUUUAACUGUGUAGACUAAAGUAAAACACAGUUGUAUCUGGUGGUUUACUCUUUACCUAGUAAAUUAAAAAGCCUUAUGAAUUUAUGAUGUUUUAAAAUUUAAACAGUAGUGUGUUUAUGAAGCGCCUAGCUAGCAACCAAAAAUAGUUAUUGUAUAUAUGUGUAGGGUUCUUUCUUGUCCUUCUUAUAAAAUUGGUCUAUUAUUUUUAAGGUUUACCA